AUGGAGUGGCCAGAUUUCAGCUUCCGCGACAAGGAAUUGAUUCGGCUGGUAUGGAAGCAGGUCGAAAAUGACAAGGUCGGGCUUGGGGUGGACAUCUACAAGAUGAUCUUUGAUCAGGUCAGUUCUUCUAGAAUACUUUCAUUUGCAUUGGGUCUGAUUUCUUUUGAAAUGUCAUCCAAAUUGAGAUUCUCACUUCUGAAGCGUUUACGUUUUGGCUCAUUAUUCUAGAUUAGGUUAUCUCCAUUUGUUUACAUUCCUUUCGUUUUAAUAAUGACGUACACAGCAUCUUGGCGUGCUGAAUAUGAUGUUUGUCCAUUAAAAACAAUAAAGAAUUAAUAACCCAGAGGUCAUUCCAAUUACUGUGAUUUCAGUGCCCUGAGGCCAAACUUUUAUUUCCAUUCCUGAAGUACAAUGCAGAUGGAAGCGAAGUUGUCAACAAUGAAUUCUCCUUUCAAGCCCUCCGAUUUGUUCAGGUUUGUUAAUUGUCACUUUUAUGUUAUUGCAGGUACUGGAAAGCGGAGUUCAACAUCUGGAUCAUCUCCAAUCCAUGGAUAAUAUCCUGAAUAACCUCGGUAGACGGCACGGUCGAUUAAAAGCCGCCGUCGGCUUUAAGCAGUGUUAUUGGGUGGUCUUCAGGGAGUGUGCCUUGUAUCAAAUCCGGAAGAACCUCGAGUUACCCCGUAAACAUUCCAUCUGGACCCCCGAGAAGGUGGAUGAGGCUCUGAUUUUGUGGCGUUUCCUUCUUCAUACAAUCAUCGAGAGGAUAGAGGUAAUAUUAAUUGGCUCUUUCUCAGUCACAUAGCUCUGGAAGCGGUUCUGACCCAUGUUUAUUUGCUGACGGGACCUUAAUUCAAUUCUCGGGGACACUUUGCUCACUUUAUUUGCAAAACAUUCGCUUUUUAUGUCAUCAUGACAAGGUGUUUGGUUCAGACCUUGUUAUGUAAUAAUUCAUAGAAAGUUUUCCUUAAAUGUCUGUGAUCUUUUGUACUCUUCUUCUUUGGGUUAAUCUCAUUAAGAGUAAGACAACGAAAUUUCAGAUUGGUUACGAACAAGAUUUGAAGAACCGCUCAUACAGCGUCGAUGAGAGAGGCGAGGACUUUUUUCCACGAAAAUUAACGGGCAAGUCCACAUCAAUAGAAAGUGGAGGAUCGGGGUCCAGAAAAACCUCGAAUCAGAGCCGAAAAGAGGACAUCGCCGAGGCCAUCAACUUCCUCAAUCCCUUCAAAAAACGGGGGAGCUCCGGCUCGGCUGAUUGA